UCUGUGACAGCGCAUGUUUGAUUAAGUUGUAUUGCUAUUGGUGUAUCCUGACAAAUGUAAUUCUGGCAAUCUGGUGAGCCUUUGGUUUUCGUCUGAAAUACCCGAGAUUAAAGACUUUUGGUGUUGAUUCCAUCAGCCACAAUCAGGUGGUGGAAUAAAGAAGUACGAAUUGAUUCUACAGUUCAAGACAUGUUUGCGGCACCACUUUGCGGUCUGUUAAUGGCUCUCCUGCUGGCGGCGCCGAUAUCUGCUAACCUGUCCGCCAUAUCUUUGACCAGCACAACUGACAACCUUGACCUCGCCUUUGCCUGGAAAGUCAUGGAGGCUCACACGCUUUCAUCCAGAGUGCUCUGCGCAUCAAUGUGUGAGCGAAAAGCUUGGUGUGUGGCAGUCGCUCUCUGCCAACAGAGUAGCACCCCUUUGAUGGCCUGUGGCCUUGUCACCGUCAACGUCACACUCAACGUCAUGCACAGUGAUGAUUUGUCACACUGUCGCGUUCAUUACUCCAAGAAACGUCUCGAGAAUCUGGUGUCUUGUGGGGCCAGUCACUCCCCCGACCUUGCUUUGAGCCCGUGCAGCACGACAACCACAACUACCACUACGCCAUCACCAGCGUCGGGCACAACGGAGUGUGUGACUGAUCUGGGCGGUGGAUGUGACUGCCCCGCGGGUGCAACCAACAUCAACUGCACUACUUUCAUCUCAGAUUGUCCUUCUCAUUGGCGCACAUGGAACACGGGCGGCGUUUACACCUUGCAAGUAGCGGACUACCCUACGCCAUUCCAAGUGUACUGCGACGGGAGUGCCAUCACCAUUCAAAGAAGGAAAGACUGUGGCGACGAAUUCUUCUUCAGAGAUUGGCAAGCGUACAGGGAUGGCUUCGGUGACAUCAACAGCGAAUGUUUCUGGCUUGGAAACAAGAAGAUUAAGGCUAUAACGGACCAAGGUGAAUAUACGCUUUACGUGAAACCACGCCAAAGGUCAUAUGUUUCCAAAUAUAAGAACUUCCGGCUGAGUUCGGAAGAAGAAGGUUACGCAAUGGAAUAUAGUGCCUUUAGUUCCAGUGGGUGGAUGAAGGCUGACUAUAAGGACGGAUUUGGCGGUGGUCCAUCCAAUACAAGGCUCCAAGGUAUGAAGUUCUAUACGCAUGACAAGGACAACACCGCCGGAUGUGCCUCGAACCGGAAGUCAGGUUGGUGGUACAACACCGAAUGCGCAUUCGGUGAUCUGAAUCAGGAUGAGGCCGCAGAGUGGCCAGACAGUGAGAGCGGUGAACUUACUGAAUACGACGAUGUCUUAAUGAAAUUGUAUGAUUAUCAUUAUUGAUGAAGUAGUACACCGACCUCCAUUUCAGUUUGGAUGCCACCUGGUUCGUUGUAGUGUUGUCGGGACACGUGAUGUGAAAACGAAAUAGAACGUUGUAGCUCUAACAGUACGGGUAUCAACUGCGAUAAAAAUGUAUUCCCGUAUCUCGUUGUAGUGUUGUCGGGACACGUGAUGUGAAAACGAAAUAGAACGUUGUAGCUCUAACAGUACGGGUAUCAACUGCGAUAAAAAUGUAUUCCCGUAUCUCUGUCAUAGUGACUACAAUUAUGACAGUGUCUAUCAACACAUGGUGACACUCACGCAUCUCAACUGAGAGUUCGUCUUUGUUUUCUGCCUUGGUUCGUGUUAUCUGUGAAUUUGUUGCAAUUGCACUGUCCAUUUUACCCAUACACCCAACUCACUCACUCUUGAUAUCUAUUGCCUCGUUGUGAUCAUGAGUUAAACCAAGUCCCCAGCUCGCUAUGCUUGACGCAAGAGGUAACUACCCAAGCAUCCCUACAUGUGAAUCUC